ACGCAGUACUUGAUUGCAGUACUGACUUGUUCAUGUCUAGCUUGGAUGAAAUCAUUUAUCGCAAGGCUCCAAGUACAUGGGAGCUGUUCAAGUCGAACCCUAGCCUUUAUCUGGCCUCCAAGCUAUAUAGCCGUCUCAGCCGACAACCAAGUCCGCCAUGUUCAUUUUCUUCCGUCCGAACCAUAUGCAUCUCAGACACUCACAAUACCGACAUAUCUUCCCUGAUACCACCUGGUGAUAUCCUCAUUCACGCAGGUGAUCUUACCCAUUCUGGCACUCCUCGUGAGCUCCAAGUCACCUUCGACUGGCUAGUCUCCCUUCCACACGAGCACAAAAUCGUCAUAGCCGGUAAUCACGAUACAUUCCUACAGACAGAAGAAGGUCGCUCAUGGGCUCAAUCAUGGCGAGAGCGUGGAAUUAUUUAUCUGGAGGACGAGGCACACACCAUUCAAGUGCGCAGUCGCAUAUUCAAAAUCUUUGGUAGUCCGUUCACUCCGAAGCACGGCAAUGGUGCCUUCCAAUACCCACGUACCGGUACCACUGACAGUCCCAGCCGUUGGUCUGUCAUUCCCGAUGACACAGACAUUCUUGUCACUCACGGUCCUCCACACGGUCAUCUCGACCUCAACGGUCUUGGUUGCAGAGCCCUACUUGCACGUAUGUGGGAACUUUGUAGGAGACAGCCCCCAGCGCUUCAUGUAUUUGGACACAUCCACGGUGGUCGUGGGAUCGAGAAUAUGCAUUGGAACCCGGCUCAGUCAAUUUGGGAGGACGUUGUGCGCAAAACAGGGGGCUGGCUCUAUACCAUGCGUUUGCUAUGGGCGAUGCUUUGGGGUGGCCAGAAUAGCCGUGUGAGGACAGUUGCUGUCAAUGCCUCUGUGAUAGGAGGUCCGCGAGACCGAGAUGUACGGCCUCCUGUAGUCGUUGAUAUAUAAGAUAUCUCGACGUAUUUCGCACUAUCUCAUACUAAAAGCACACUUAUGUUGCAGCGAUAC